GAUGUGGACUUGGUAGAAAUUGCCUCGGGCGCCGGCGAGCUGUCAGAGGGCCCCGGCGACGUAAGCACUCUGCGUGAUCCCCGCCACGAUGGCAGGGUAUCUGAGGUGGCAAUUUUGACCAACAUGCGGGCCACAAGGCCUGAGAUCAUCCGAGCCGUACCGGCCCGCCAUGCAUUGCGGACAUGUGGGCAAGCAUUCCGUGCGAAACUUGACCGUGUGGGCCAUUUGCACAAAUACAGCCGGGCAACUCGCUGCAUCGGGGAGUUUUGGUCCCACAGUUGGCAAUGGAAGCCUUGGAUGAAAAGCACCACUGCGCAGUUCGUGAUCAACGGCUUUGCCGCGAUGGUCUUUGGUCUGGCUGGUGCUGUUCUGACGGCAGUCCUGCAAGAAAGGGGGGUUUUGCCCACAGAUCAUCGCGGCUGGACACGGUUGUUUGCCGGUUCUAACUGGACCCUGCUCUUCGGCGCCCUAGCUUGGUACCUUGCCUUGAUCUUCUGGCCAUCUCAACGGCGUGUGUUCCUCGACAUCAUCUGCAUUGACCAGGCGAACAGCACGGCCAAAGGCGAAGCCCUGCUCAGCAUCGGGGCCAUCUUGAAGAGUUCUUCCAGAAUGCUCAUUCUCUGGGACCCCACUUGGAUGGUGCGCCUUUGGUGUGUGUUUGAGCUCGCGGGUUGGUUGCACAGCCACAAGCAGGGAACAGCCGCAAAGCGAAACUUGCGUGCUCGCCCUGUCCUCAUGGGGCCCAUGCUGGUGACGAGUAACCUGAGCUUCCUUGUAAUUCUGCUUUGUUUCGAACCCAUGCUGCGCUACAUCGCAGGGCUUUGGCGUCGGCCAUAUGUUUUGCCGCUCUCUAUGCUCCUGCCAUUUUUCUUGGCUUUAACUCAUGUCGCCCGAGCAUUUUGCAGGCAAAUCGAUGAUUUGCAGCAGGCUCUUUCAACAUUCAGCACUGGGCAGACCAGGUGCGGCUGUUGCGAUGCAGGGCAUCUAGAUGAGAAUGAUAGGCCAAUUGCUUGCGACCGCGAAGUCUUGUUGCGGUGCAUUGAGCUGUGGUACGGGGACCUGGACAGCUUUGAAGAGCAUGUCAGGGGAAAUGUGAGAACGGCUCUUUUGGAACAAUUGACGAGUCCGUUCUUCCUGUAUUGGCACGUGGUUGGAGCGGCCAGUCCCGUCAUGUGGUUCUACCUGGGCCACUCGUUUUGGCCGUUGAUGUACACCCAGAGCUUGCUUGAAGUCGUAUUGCCUAUUGUCCUUCAUGGUCUGACUAUGUGGCUGGCUGUGAUACCCGCUGUGGUUCUGCUUUCAGCAAUGCUGGCAUACCGGCUCCGCAGAAAACGAUCAAAUUUCGCUUUUGACAUUGUGUUCAGCUUGAUGGUGGUUCUCUUCGGGGGCUUCAUCGCGCUGGCCAGCCUGGCUGGGUCAUUCGCCAUUCAAUUCACGGGUUUCGGACGCACUCCCGAAAUGGCUCUUAACUUUGCUUGCAAUCUGUGUGUAGCGUUGGCGUGCUGCUUCCUGUUUUCGAAGGCGAGGAGAUGUGCACUUGCCAUCUAA